GCUCUUGGCUGGUGCUGUUGACGCCGACUGAGUCGGAGGGGCUGGAAAAGGAGCGGCGCCGAGCUACUGCGGCGGCCUUCUUGGGAGCAGAAGCCGGGGCCCGCUACGAUUGUACUGGGCCUCAAAGUGUGAGAUUAGAACACAUUUAACCAUCCGGUGUGUAGACUGUAUACCUACUUAAGGCUUCCUACGUUUCCCAGCUACAAACAGUCAUGUCCUAUGUGUUUGUAAAUGAUUCGUCACUGACGAAUGUCCCUCUGCUGCAAUCUUGCAUUGAUGGGGAUUUUAACUAUUCCAAGAGGCUCUUGGAGAGCGGCUUCGACCCAAACAUUCGUGACAAUCGUGGCCGAACAGGUCUCCACCUAGCAGCGGCCAGAGGAAACGUUGACAUCUGUCAGUUGUUGCACAAAUUUGGUGCUGAUCUUUUGGCUACCGAUUACCAGUGUAAUACAGCCCUUCACCUGUGCGGGCAUGUGGACACCAUUCAGUUCCUUGUCUCCAAUGGACUCAAAAUAGAUAUCUGCAAUCACCAAGGUGCAACACCUCUUGUCCUGGCAAAACGAAGGGGUGUAAAUAAAGAUGUCAUCCGAUUGCUAGAAUCAUUGGAGGAGCAGGAAGUGAAAGGGUUCAAUAGAGGAACUCACUCAAAGCUGGAAACGAUGCAAACUGCCGAAAGCGAAAGUGCGAUGGAAAGCCAUUCUCUUCUAAAUCCCAACCUUCAACAGGGUGAAGGAGUUCUCUCCAGCUUCCGCACGACAUGGCAAGAGUUUGUGGAGGAUCUCGGCUUCUGGCGAGUGUUGCUCUUGCUCGUCGUCAUCGCCUUGCUGUCUCUUGGGAUUGCGUACUAUGUUAGCGGCGUGCUUCCAUUUGUAGAAAACCAGCCUGAACUUCUGCAUUAAAGGCUGUGUGAAUAAAUGGUGUCUUUACCAUUA